CCUCAAGUCCUAACAACAUGUCAUCUGUUGGCACGAUUGUCGAUCGGAUAGAUCCGUUUGCCAAGCGAUCGGUUAAGAAGAAGUCCAAGAAGUCACAGGGAUCCUCUAGGUACAGAAAUUCACAGGACGUUGAGUUGCAGCAGUUGCCGCAGCUCAAAGAUGUCACACCAUCCGAACAAGAGGAUCUCUUCAUCAGAAAGUUGCAGCAGUGCUGCGUGGGAUUUGACUUCUUGGAUCCAAUGACUGAUCUCAAAGGAAAAGAGAUCAAACGUGGAACUCUCAAUGAAGUCGUUGAAUACAUCACAGCUGGCAGAGGUGUUCUCACUGAACCAGUUUACCCGGAAAUUAUCAAGAUGAUAUCAGCUAAUUUAUUUCGUACAUUGCCACCGAGUGAUAAUCCCGAUUUCGAUCCAGAGGAGGACGAUCCAACAUUAGAAGUUAGCUGGCCACAUCUACAAUUGGUCUACGAAUUCUUUUUACGUUUCCUCGAGUCGUCUGACUUUCAACCGACAAUUGGAAAAAAAGUUAUUGACCAAAAAUUUGUUCUACAGCUCUUAGAUUUGUUUGACUCUGAAGACCCCAGGGAGAGGGAUUUCCUGAAGACGGUUUUACAUCGCAUCUAUGGAAAAUUCCUCGGCCUUCGGGCAUUUAUACGCAAACAGAUAAACAACAUCUUCCUCAGGUUUGUGUACGAAACAGAACAUUUCAAUGGAGUUGGAGAACUGCUGGAAAUUCUGGGGAGCAUUAUCAAUGGUUUCGCACUACCCCUGAAGGUCGAACACAAGCAAUUCUUAGUCAAGGUGCUGCUGCCACUGCAUAAGGUGAAGUGUUUGGCUCUGUACCAUGCACAGUUAGCGUACUGCGGGGUGCAAUUUCUGGAGAAGGAUGCAACGUUAACGGAACCAGUGGUGAGGGGUCUCCUCAAAUUCUGGCCUAAAACAUGUAGCCAGAAGGAGGUCAUGUUUCUUGGUGAAAUUGAAGAGAUUCUCGAUGUUAUAGAACCUAGCCAAUUUGUUAAAAUACAGGAACCACUCUUCAGGCAAAUAGCACGCUGUGUCUCAUCACCACAUUUUCAGGUGGCAGAGAGAGCACUUUAUUUCUGGAACAAUGAGUAUAUAAUGUCACUGAUUGAGGAGAAUAAUCACGUGAUAAUGGGAAUAAUGUUUCCAGCAUUGUACAAAAUCAGUAAAGAGCACUGGAAUCAGACGAUUGUUGCUCUUGUUUAUAACGUACUGAAAACUUUUAUGGAGAUGAACAGCAAGCUCUUUGACGAAUUAACUGCCAGCUACAAGUCAGAGAGGCAAAAAGAGAAAAAACGUGACAAGGAGAGGGAGGAAUUGUGGAAGAAACUGAAAGAAUUGGAAGUUGAACGAAGUAGUGUCCUCAUGGCAACAACCAAUACUCCAGUUCCUGCCAUCACUGCACCUGCGACACGAGCCCGCCCCUGAGCUGGUGGAUCCUCACUACCAUGCUGCCCAAUUGUUAGCCCCUAGUUUACGUCGAUUUGUCCUCGAAACAACAUACGCAACCGCAAAAAGUUAAAUGCAAAUAAUCGUUGUUAGUGAAAGGAACCAGAAGAAAACAUUAAAUGAAAAAUCUACAUCGUGUCCACUGGCAUUAUUGACGUAAAGUAACAGAUAAUCAUAAAUUUCCCCAAAUAAAAAAUCCUCUUGUUAGUUGAGAGUCAAAAGCCCGAGUGAGGGGAGAGUGAUGAAAGCUGCAGCAAUAUCACAAAAUCUAUUGACAGAACUGUUGACAUGGAGAAUAAAUUACUCCCGGGAAUAUAAAAAAAUUCAAUGGGACAGGAAAUAAUUCGAAUGAAGAAGUCAGGACUUAUUUUACUGUACAAUUUCUAUGGUUUAAAGGGAGUAAAUUCGUUGUUUCAAUUAUCGUAAUGAUUAUAUCGUCGAUUCAUUGAAUUUGAAUGAAUUUCAUUUGUAUGGUGUACUCAGUGUCAGCACGUAAAAAUGAGAAUGUCCCUUAAUUAAGGCUGUCAUGUCCAAACGAUGGAGGUGAUGAUCAGAGAAUAAAUAAUAACGUAAUUAGAGGAAAUAGAGAUUUAGUGAAAUAUUUGUGUGCAUGAGUUUAAUCUAAAUCGUUGAAAAGUGAAAUAGUAUUGGGGGUGUAAUCAUUUUUUAUUACCAAAAAAAAAA